GUACUGUCGAAGUCAGUUAGAAGCUUACAUCAGUCGCGAGUGCACGUCGAAGGUAUAAACACUUUAAUCGUAACAAAGCGCUUUUAGGCUCUGCUGUCGUGUCUACUUGAUUUUCAACGAUUUCGUUUCGUGGCAUUACUUAUAACUACUGUGACAAUACAAUACAAGACGCUGCUGAACGCCUCCGAAAAAAACUUGCAUUACUGCAAACAAAUUCAACGAAAUUUACAAAUGAAUAUUUCAAAAAUGGCCUCAGAAACGCCAACAUCGGACUUAGGGUUCGGUGAUAAGAUAUAUGCGAUAUGCAAACAAAAAAUUGGGACGAAUGCAAUAUACAUAACAAGAAUCUAAGCAACCGAGUGCUUUGAAAAUGGCCAGUAUGACCCGGAGACGUUCCUCGGCAACAUCUACGUGUUCAUAUAGUUCAGCUUGCUAUACUGGCAGUUCAGAUGAAGAUAAUGUGUCCCCGCGCGAGAAAAGGCAGCGUAACAGCGCGGGUAGCUCAGAUUUUUGCGUAAAAAAUAUCACUUCACAACAUACGUUCGGAAGGAGAGAAAUUGAAAUAGCAGAAAAGGAAAUGCCAGGAAUACUGGCACUACGAAAACGGGCUUCGGAAGAUAAGCCCCUCAAAAAUGCUCAGAUUGUAGGUUGCACUCAUAUAAAUGCCCAAACAGCGGUACUUAUUGAAACACUAGUAGAGUUGGGAGCUUCCGUUCGUUGGGCAGCUUGUAACAUAUACUCUACACAGAAUGCAGUGGCUGCAGCACUUGCUGAAGUUGGCAUUCCCAUAUUUGCAUGGCGUGGUGAAACAGAAGAAGACUUCUGGUGGUGCCUUGACAAGUGUGUCAACUCCGAACAUUGGCAUCCAAAUCUGAUAUUGGAUGAUGGUGGCGAUGCUACUCAUUUAAUGUGGAAGAAAUAUCCAAUUCUCUUCAAAGCGAUCAAGGGCAUAGUCGAAGAGAGUUUGACCGGAGUCCAUAGAUUGUAUCAGUUGGUGAAGACUGGAAAACUUACAGUUCCUGCAAUCAAUGUCAAUGAUUCCGUAACAAAAGCAAGGUUCGACAACUUCUAUAACUCAAAAGAUUCAAUUUUGGAUAGCCUUAAACGAUCAACAGAUAUUAUGUUUGCUGGUAAACAAGUAGUCGUUUGCGGGUACGGCGAUGUUGGAAAGGGUUGUGCACAAAGUCUUCGAGGACAGGGAUGCAUAGUAUACGUAACCGAAAUCGAUCCGAUCUGUGCAUUGCAAGCAAGUAUGGAUGGAUUUCGCGUAGUUCGUUUAAAUGAAAUUGUCCGUCAAGUGGACAUUGUCGUCACGGCUACUGGCAAUAAAAAUGUAGUUACCAAAGACCACAUGGAUCGUAUGAAGUCUGGUUGCAUUGUUUGUAAUAUGGGUCAUUCCAAUUCCGAAAUCGAUGUGAAUAGUUUGCAUUCUGCUGAACUGUCGUGGUUGCGAGUACGUUCUCAAGUAGACCAUAUAAUAUGGCCCGAUGGUCGUACAAUCAUCCUUUUAGCAGAAGGACGUCUUGUUAAUUUGGCUUGCUCGACGAUUCCGUCAUUCGUGGUAUCAGUUACAGCUGCAGCGCAAGCGUUGGCUCUGAUAGAGUUAUUUAACGCGCCGGUUGGUCGAUAUAAAUCUGAUGUCUAUCUGUUGCCGAAAAAAAUGGAUGAAUAUGUCGCAAGUUUACAUUUACCCAUACUAGAUGCUCAUUUGACAGAGCUUACCGAUGAGCAAGCCAAGUACCUAGGGCUAAAUAAAGCUGGACCAUUUAAGCCCAACUAUUAUAGUAUAAUGCUAUCUUUUCAGAUAUUAAAUAUCGCUAACGGUUAUAUAACAAAUAUUCAUAUUUGUGCAUACAUACAUAUGUAUAUAUGAAAUCAGUGUUGCAAUAUAUAAAACCAAAUUGAUUAUUUUCUCUAUAUAUAGUAUAUUUGGUUUACGUUUCAAACAUGCGACGUCCAUAAAAUAGAAAACUUUGAAAUACGUUAUGUUUGUAAGCUUUGAAAAGCUUUCUAAAAUAUUACAAAAGAAAAUGUUUGUGAAUGUUGAAUAACCAAAAAAUUUUGUCAAAUCAAAAACGGAAAUGUAAAAUAUAGUGAACCAAAUUGAAUAAUAUAAUAGAUAUAGAUAUAUAUAUAAUAUUACAAUGAACGUGAUUCUUAAAAUCGCCAUCUUUAAAAUGAUCCCAUAUAAUAUGCAUAUUUAUAAUUAAAAUUGUUUGUUUUGUUACAAAAAGUUCGCCAUUUUUGCCAAGCUUUUUGUUAGUUAGAAAAGUGAAAAAUCUUUAUAUACGAUUUUUUUGUACUAUUGUUAUUAAAUUCCAUCAUUGUGCACUUCUUUUUUAAGUUAAUGUAUUUUUUACUUAAAAUUUAAAAUAAAAUAAAGCACUAUCGCUCACUUCCA